AAUCGAAAAGCGAUACCAUUGAGAGCUUCAGACGAGUUCAGCGGCUCGAGCAAGCAGAGCAUUUGCAGCCUCCAAGCGGUAGGCUUCGUACGCGGAUUAACAGAGCGUCCUUUUAAGACGCACGGCGUAGAAUAAAGUAUAGAUAUCGACUAAAUGCCAGCAUGCGAUAUAUACAUUAACGCCCAGUUAGCUCACACAGGCUAGCUAACUGUCGCGAUUACGAUUCAUUCGAACGUAAUUCCGUCAGCGACCACCAUCGCCAAUCAUCAUACCCGCCGGUUGCAACGCACAGUGGCCCGCCGCUUUGGAACAGUUUGUAACAAUGUCCAUUCGACAAUGGACACCUGGAACAAUGGACGGCUACUGCUAUCACUGUAACACCUGGACCAAGUCGGGCGUUCGAUACCGCGAGAAGUACUGCCGAGAUUUUUCGACGCAGACUGAUCAAGCUGGUUCAAAGGUCUCGUUAUGCAGGUCUCUCGAGUCCGGCGACCUUUCUGAUGUGGAGUUCUAUGUUGAAUGCGCGCGUUUCCCUGGCAAGCGUGAAACCUUCAAGGCGCAUAAGAUGAUCCUGGCUUUACAGAGUGACGUGUUCAAGGCCAUGUUUUAUGGCGACUUCGACGAUGAGGACCGCAUAGUCAUCACUGAUUUGCACCCAGAGGGCGUCCGUGGCCUCUUGAGGUACUUCUACAGCGGCCACCUGGAUGUGGCAAACGUGCACCAGGCCGCCUGCACCCGCACCGCUGCUUCCAAGUACCUCGUCCCGGAGCUGGCGCAGAGAUGCGCCGAAUUCGUGCUCCGCUGCAUGCGGCUCGAUGAUGUGUGUCCUCUCCUGGACUACGUUCUGACCAUGGGCGAAAGAGAUCUACACGCUCCCGCCGGUGACCUCAUCCUCAACCACAGUGCCGACGUGCUUUCCUCUUCAAUGUUCCAGUCCUCCACCGAGGCCACCGUGAAAUACGUGCUCGAACACGUUGCCAAUGUCUCGGAGGCAUCGGUGCUAGACGCCGUCUACGCUUGGACAUAUCAGCAGUGCUAUAAACGAUCCUGGGGUAACGGUAUCUCGGUUAAUGCCUGUCGGUCCAUCAUGAUGCCACUGUUCCCCCAACUGCGGUUUCUCGCGCUGACGGCGACAGAGUUCGUAGAAGGUCCCAGCACGUGGGGAAUCCUUACCGAUACCGAAGCGCGGGCCAUUCUUAGCAAUAUCGUCAAAGAUCGCUCGAUGCCUAUGCCAAAGGGAUUCUGCGAGAUCCGUGAGCCCCGCGUGGCGGAAAUGAAACCAAUUCAAAAGAACGCAAAUCAAAUCAAAGCAGUUUUAUUUCGUCAAUAAAGAAAUGGAGGGACGCCUGCACAAAAAGUGAAAACUAGUUCCCUUGACCAAGGUUCAGGCGGCCGUUUACCUGGCGAGCAGCCGGGGUGACCAGCGAAAAAAAUGCACUUAGUAAUACAAUUCAUUCGUAAUCUAGCGGGGCAGCGCAAAAAUUACCGAUAGUAGCACAGAACCUCUUCUGUCUUCGUCUUGUGCGCAAAACGCUGCAUUCGCGACCUACCAACAUGCCCUAAAUAGUCUCCUUUCUACAGUAUUAAUGAAGAAUGCUUUGGCGACAUUCGAUACCCGUAUUCCGGUAGACAGGACAUUCGCACAUAAUUUAACGUAUUCCGAGCGGUUUCAUUUGACCGCCUCAUACAACAGUGUCAGUGCGUCUGUUUCCGUCUACCUCUCUCCAUUUUUUUCUUUUUCUGUACUCUAAUGCGCAUAUAUGAAGUAUCCCAGCACAGCAACGCGUUUUCCUUGAUACUUCGUCGCAGAUGUUUUCUUUUUCUUCUCUUGCCUGCAGGUUACACAUGUGUAGCCUUUCAUUUCUAGGGAGAGUUAGAACGUAUCAUUGUGCAUGUAAUUUGAAGAGAUCAAAACAUACUUUAUUGGAUAUGUUUAAUACAGCGCCGCGUGUAUGGCGCAGAUAACUUUCGGUUGUGCACAGGAAGCAAAGGUAACAGAAAAGCGUAUUUUCGAUACUUCGAGCGAUAAUUAGAUGCCGGUCAACGAAUCACCGACCAACGCACUUGGAACUACAUGUUCUCAAGGAAAAAUAGUAGAGAACAUUACGUCGCGCAGCCAGCCUUGGCAAACGAACGCUCCGUGACGCCAGUACCUUUGCUCAAUGCCAGCCCAGCACGUGACCUCUUGCGUCGAGAUCCCGGAGCAAGGAUCUAGAUUUGCCGAGACGCUUGGAGCUGGGUAGUUGGUUCUUUAUUCUAUUAGCCCCGCUGCUAGCGUGACGUCAGGGCACGGGCUCGCGCCUGUUCGUCUGCUGCAGUUCGUGCGGUGUCCAGGCGCCUUCUGCAGUGUUUGCGUUUGUUCACUCUCGUUCCCUAUGCUUGUAUAAUUACGACGGUCCUGUUAAACAUGCAUAUUACGACGUCUACGUACGCGAAAAUAUAAUCAAGCAGCUUGUUUUAAUCAAGCAGCUUGAAAGUGUAGAUGCGCGCAUCUACACUUUCCAGCGGUAGCUCACGUAAAUAAUAAAAGCAUAGAGGCAAAUGCACAGCACAUAAUAAUCUAGUCAGGAUUCCAUACCCACCAUGGUGCAACAUGCGUGUCCCCGUUAAACGCUGGCUAUAUAUGAUUUCUACAACAUUUAUCUUGAUUUUAACCCGCUAAAACAUGUUUGUUCAGGACAAGUAGUACACGGUAUAAUAUCGAAUUUUUCGAUUCACAGAAACACUCGGCAGUAACACGAGGACUUAACACUGCAGUUACGAUUCUGCCAGUACCACUUGCUUUUUAACUGCAUCUCAAAAUUUGUCUGUUCUUCACCGGUUAAACUUAAGUGGCGGUAAUUUGAAGUGAAGCUGACUGAGGCAUACAUCUGUUUGCAGCACAUGGAAAUAAAGGUACCAAUAUUUAUUCCCUCUUCG